GCAGAGUGCCUAGAUAAAUACGUCCUCGAUGUGUGAUAGAUAGUUGUUAUCGGCCCGCUACUUGUGCGGCUUGACUAAACAAUGUUAAUCAGUACUUUGUCGUGUGGCAGACGCUUCGUUUGCUCAAUUAACGUGUGAUAAUAGACGGUAUGAGUGUUGAAGCCCUUGCUUGCUAGUGCUGACCAUGACUCGGUCCAGCUACCGACCCCUGGUGCCCCGGUCUUCAAACAAUUCCCUGGACAACCGCGAGACCGGGACAACGUCACCUCCAGGCGAGCCCCUAGUCCGAGCCCCGGUGGGCAAGCCAAGAUGUCCGCCCGCCAUCUCAAGACUGCGCGUCGAGAAAGUUGAGGGCGGCCUGGCAGUUGCCGGCGUCGUGGUCGCCGCCAACUGCCAAAUCGUCCUACCCAUAUUCGGCUUCCUCUUCAUGCUGGUUGGAUGCGUGCUUACUGCUACGUCGUACCGUGUCCGUGGGGAAAAUGAAGAACAGGAUCAUUAUCAAGAACGGAUCGCAUUUACGGGAAACUCUCGGGUGCUUGGCCCCGUUUGCAUAGUCGCCGGUGCACUUAUGACAAUUGCUGGUGUCGUGCUAUGCAUACUGAUGCGUGCUGCCCAGCGACGCCAAAGGAGACUGGCGUUCCACUGCCCCAUUCACGGAGACUUCUAUCCCUUGAGCCCACAAAAUAGUAGAAAAUAUUCCCGUAGCCCUAGCGGUAUCUGGCGUGGUAUACGAAGUUGGCUCGGGCUGGUGGAGGAGGGAGAAUCCCCACGCUGCCCGCGCUCCGCGGAGCCUGCAUCGCCCGCCCGUGCUGACGCACCCUGCCCGCCGCCUUUACCUUUCCUUGUGCCAUCUGACUCCGUCGUGGGCAUGGCGUCAGUUUUAGGAGCUCCUUUAAGCCCUGAUGCAACAUUUGGAUCUAUCAAGUCCCUGGCCAUAUCCAGAGAGGUGGCAAGCUUCCCUCUUUCACGCUCUCCAACUCCACCCCCUAUGAGUUGUCCACCGUUCAAAGAAGAACCAAUGAUCCAGAACGACAUCCCGAAUGCUGUAACUCGCCCCGUCUUCGACUGCGGGUCGCCGACGUGCAACUACAGAGUUGUGGAGUGUAAGCUGACGACGACCGACGAGAUAUGCCGAGGCGCGCCCGUGCACGCCAGCGUCCACAAGGCCUCAGACCGAACCAGACCAGCCACAGUCUCCAUCACGAUACCUAACGAAGGAAAGGGCUAACCGAUCUCAAAGGACUGAAAUCAUUAGAUAAUUAUAUAAUUAUUAUGUUUGAUGAGGAAAAUGUGAACUUAUUUUGAUAAUUAGGAUUAUCGGACGAGGUACAUAUUGAACCCGUCUAAUCGAGGCAUUUUGUUUAAGACGGAACGGAGUACGAUGUAAUUUUUUCCAUUAAGCCAUUACCUUUGCAUAUUGAUUUUAAUGUUAGCUCAAAUAAUCACAUCUGUCUUCCGUUAGUAGCACCAUCUGACGAAUUGUCACACUUACUGAAACUAAAAUACACUCUAACACUAAUUAUAUACGUGUUUAUAUCUAAGUACUAAAGAAAAACCACUUCUGAUUAUUUAUGUAACAUUUUUGAACCUAUCUUAAUAUAAGUUAUAGCACAGACGCAAAGUGUAAUGUAAUUAUUGUUAACCUAUGCUCAGAAUGAUUACUCAAUCAGUUUAACAAAUAAAGUAUCAAUUAUUAUCGUACUUUCUUUGCUCUAUGUAUAGCAAUAUGUUCCGCCAAAUAUCGUAUGUAAGAGAUGGAUUUGAAUAAGAGAUCAAGAUCAAUUUAGGAAUGAGAAUGAAUGUUGUAUCAAUUAAAUUUGUUUAAAAUUAGUUUAUACGUUUAUGUCAUAAAAUAGCUACUAUAAUUUUAUUAACAAAUUAUUACUAAUUCAAAAUUGUUUAUUACAUCAUAAUAUGUAUGUGAGUAUUAUGUACGGUGUGUAUUGUAUUGUGUGAAAUGCUCAUAUGUAUGUAUAUGUGUCCUAGUCGAUAAAAUAAUGUUUAUUUUCCAUCCUAGGUUUUUAUUCGAUGAAAUUAUUUUCAUAGCAUGAGUGCAGAAAAGAAGCAGAACAAAAAUGGUGUAAAAGCUACUUGAAUGAUCCUGUUAACACGUGAGCAUGCCCAUGAAUCGUACAGAAACUACAAAAACGCAUACAAAUAUUUAGCAAUUCAUAUAACGUAUUUUCCUAUGUGGUUUUGCUAUUUUCUAUUAAAGAAAAUUUUCAUCUGAGUACUACUUGUCCCUGAAACCAAAAAAAACUUAAAUGCAACAUUAAUUUUCGACUAAGGUACUGACAGUAGUUCGCUCAGUGUCAUGUAGAAGUUUUUUUCUUUGAUUUCGUUGUACGUAUAAGUAGGUAUUUAAGAAAUUAAGAUAAGUACAUUCAUACUUCAUACAAAACACAUAUUACCCCUAGUCGUAGUUCCGAAAUGUGAUAUUUUAUUUAUUUUAAAACGUCGGUAAUAUUUUGGUACAACACGUCACGUCAGUUUUAUAUUUAUGUAUUUUGAUAAUCACGAAAAUUAACAACCUACUUAUGUAUAAUACAUAUAUCCUUCGGUUAUCAUUAUUUUGGUGAAAUUGCCAAAAAAAGUUGCCAAAAUUCAUUAUACAUUGCGUUUUUUUAACCGCUCACCAUUCAAUGUUUGGUGAUGAUAUUCAAUAUGUUCAUAAAAAAUGUUUUAGCAUCACACUCAACCAUGCUCACAAAAGACAUAUUAAGUAGGAUGCAAAAAGUGUAGAUAAAAGUGUAGUCCAGGUGUAUAUUUGGGUAUUACUCGUAGAUUCUAACAAGUAACAGAUGAUUUUUGUGAUGAAGGCAUUUAUUGGCCAAGUUGAAAUCGUAAGGAAUGUAAUUUUUAUAAUCCUUGGGUAAGUGCCACGCCUAAGUAACCUAUUAUUAGUGUAUACUUAAUUAAGCUAUUUAAUUUUGUUAUAAUUAUAAGGACAACGUGGAAAUACAAUUUUGAAGUUAAA